CGACACAGGAAGACCCGAAACUCAUUGUAUCGAGAACGAUGUGGAACUGGCCGACAAAGGGUGUUGCUUGUUUGGAAUUCCGCACUACUAAACGAUUCUAUUGUUCCCAAGCUUCAAUGGGCGCUGUUCCAGAAAGGUAGAGAAGACACGCCCCGCCAGGUACCGAGGACGAUCUCAUUUUCACAGACAACGGGACAGUACUCAACUCACAUCACAAUCAACUCAGGAUAUCCAGAUUUGUAAAUAUUAGACGAAUGUGUCAGUACUUUUGUGUCGUGAUUGUUUUAGAUUGGUGUAAUUGUGGGUAAAAUGAAAUAUUAGGCAGCAUGUUGUUGGUACAGUCCUGAAUGUGGUUAAACCACAUGAUGUAAUGGCCUGAGGCCUUGCGUGCGUGAUCAGUCCUGCGUGUCUCCCUACACAACAAACCGUAAAUAUGGCCGUGGACGGUGUAACGCUGUACUACCUGUCGGUAGCGUGGCUGUGCUGUGUCGGUGUGACUGUGGUAGGGAACCUGUGGUGCCUGACGGCUGUCCUACGGCACUGGGCAGGUCUGAGACCGGCGGACGUGCUCGUCCUCACCGUAACGCUGGCCAAUUUAACGACCGCACUGUUUCCUGUCCUCAUGUACGCCGUGGUGACCAUACGUGAACACACCUGGCAGGAGCCUCUGUGUAAAGUGUUUGUCUGGUCCCUCCUGUCGUUCAAGAUGAUCGUGAGUCUGUCUGUGAUGAUGUACACUGUCACCAGACUGUGUGAUAGGAGCAGGUCCAGGCCGCACAGUUACGGUGUGUCUGGGGAGUUCGCCAAGGCCGUGUCUCUGGCGACAUGCCUGCUGCCCAUGAUCGUGUGCGUGUUACCUGUAGCCGGAAUAGCGCCCAUGAUGUCCACGUCGAACAGCACAUUGUACACAGACGGACGGUGUGAGUUCUCCCUGGCGGCGACUGGUCUGGAGUACGCGGUGUUUUACAUGUGUGCGUUGUUCGUGCUACUGUGUGUGGGUAUCGCUGCAGUAGAACUCAUCUUUAUCAGGACACGGAAAGCAAAGGACUCCACCCAAACAACCAGUGAGCCGCAAUCGACUGCCGAAAACUCCGAGACUACCCCAGCGGACCAAACAACAAGCGGGAGGGAGUUAGAUCCUGACCGGACCGCCAGACAGUGGGACUUCGCUGCAGUAGGAGUCACUAUCGUGUGCUACCUUCUUGGCGAUAUACCUUUUCUGGUGACGAAUCUGUUAGACGUUAUCUUGGAGCGGACACCAACAUGGCUGCCGCCUACCCUGGUCUCCACCUGCCUGGUACAGACAGCUGUUGCACCAUGGGUAUUCCUGGCUGUGUGUGAAAGGUACCGACCGAGGUGCUGCCUGUGCUGUAGAGGAGUGACGGACAAGGAGCAACAACAAGAAGGUCCGUCUACAGCGACCCGAUCCAGGGAAAAGACGAAGCCAAAAGCUUCUGACCACACAGACAUCCCCCGGCCUCACUCCAGGGUCACGUGGGCUCAAGAUGGCGACGCGUCCGACGACUCCACUUCGUCCGAGGAGGAUGAGUCCGCCAGGGGGCGCUCCACGCUGCCCACUGUUGAUGAGGAGGACGAGAGGCGCCCAACAGACCCCGCCGCCACGCUAGCACGGAUUCUUCUCUCCGCAAAGAAACCAGAACAGUCACCAGAGGAAGACUUGGAGGUAGACGUCAGGCCUAGCGUCUCAAAAAGACAUGAACGAAAAGGAAAGGCGAUAAGUCGAGACACAAACCAAAGUCAAAGCGGAGACAUUUGGAUCAGUGGCCUGACUGAAGAUAUUGUUAAUGGCAAGCUAAACGACUCGAGUCAGCCGAUACCGACGCCGUUACAUGCUCACCAGGCCAGGGACAUCUCUAAGCGGGGAGAACCAGACGGCCUGCCGCCAUCGCUACUGUUUGACGGCAACAGUGGCGCCCAAAUGUCAGCUGUGAGCGGCAGCGGAGUCGUUAAACCUCCCGUGCCGCAGAAACGCAAACACAUCCGGCCGCCUCCACGGUACAGCGAACCUUCGCGGUUAGAGACGGCUACUGAAGGCAGGGGAUUCCGUCCUUAUAAAAAGGACCAAUCCUGGAGAAACCGUCACUCAGGUCCGCCUCCACCAUACAGCGUCGCUCUGUCAAAACUGAACCAAAACAGAGAACCACACAACCAUAGAGUCCCGCGGAGAGACAUCGAAGACAAGAAGACAAAUUCCUCGUCCUUAGAAAUCAUCGGCCAAUCCGGCCGCAUGUCUGACAGCGACACGGACAGCUCGAAAGACCCGGUGGUACCAAAGGUUCGCUUCACACAUCCUUUAGCGCUGGAGAACAGAGCCUUCGUCGCUAGUCCAGAGGAGAUCACUCAGCUUUACAGUCCGGACGAAGAAGAAGUGAAGGAGGAUUCAGAACCGGAACCGGUGACGCCGAUUGGUUCUCCGACCUCCUCACACCGGGGAUUCAUAGCCCUGAAGAGCCUGGACACGAGACUAGCUUCCCAGUACUCAGUCACGGACCAGGGAGAAAUGGUUUGGCACACGGCGGAUAAGAAGCCGGCCGCGCACGUGGAAAGCAGACCGGGGAGCGAGCCUGCCUCCCCCGGUGCCGUCAGACCGGUGCCCGUGCUCCACACUACCGGGCCCGGCCGCCAGGUCGUCAUGCUGUCCUCACUGGAGGCCUCCUGGGUUUAGCCUCAGAGUUCACUCUGAGGUUUGACUCAGGACUUCAUGGGUCACACUUGGCGGAAAUAAUUUAUUAAAAUAGAUGUUAUUAUUUAUCA